CGAUGGCCUGGGUGCUCAAGAUGGACGAGAUGAUCGAGGCCGGCCUGGUGCACGACUUCGACGCCAGCCUCUCCGGCAUCGGGCAGGAGCUGGGCGCCGGCGCCUACAGCAUGAGUGAUGUCUUAGCAUUGCCCAUUUUCAAGCAGGAAGAUUCCAGUUUUCCAUUGGAUGGAGAAACCAAGCACCCCCCCUUUCAGUAUGUGAUGUGUGCUGCCACCUCGCCAGCAGUAAAGCUGCACGAUGAGACCCUCACGUACUUGAACCAAGGUCAGUCUUACGAAAUUCGCAUGCUGGAUAAUCGGAAAAUAGGAGAUCUGCCAGAAAUCACUGGGAAAUUGGUAAAGAGCAUCAUCAGAGUUGUGUUCCAUGACAGGCGGCUCCAGUAUACAGAGCACCAGCAGCUUGAAGGUUGGAAAUGGAAUCGUCCAGGAGACAGACUUCUUGAUCUAGAUAUUCCUAUGUCUGUGGGAAUAAUUGACACAAGGACAAAUCCCAGCCAGUUAAAUGCAGUUGAAUUUCUGUGGGACCCUGCAAAACGCACAUCUGCUUUCAUUCAGGUACACUGCAUCAGCACAGAGUUUACUCCACGAAAGCAUGGAGGCGAAAAGGGAGUGCCUUUUAGAAUCCAGGUGGAUACCUUUAAGCAGAAUGACAAUGGAGAAUACACAGAUCACCUCCACUCAGCUAGCUGCCAAAUCAAAGUUUUUAAGCCUAAAGGUGCGGACAGAAAACAAAAAACUGACAGAGAGAAGAUGGAGAAGAGAACUGCUCAUGAAAAAGAAAAGUAUCAGCCUUCCUAUGACACCACAAUUCUCACAGAGAUGAGGCUUGAGCCCAUAAUUGAAGAUGCAGUUGAACAUGAGCAGAAAAAGUCCAGCAAGCGGACUUUGCCAGCAGACUACGGUGAUUCUCUGGCAAAGCGAGGCAGUUGUUCUCCAUGGCCCGAUGCACCCACAACCUAUGCGAACAACACUCCGUCCACAGCUCCUGCUUUCUCCUCUCCACAGCAAACCACUGGCAGCAUCCCCGACAGCAAUUCUUCUUCCCCAAAUCAUCAGGGAGAUGGAGUUUCACAGUCCUCCAGCGAACAACUUCAGCCUGCAGCCACCACCCAGGAAACACAGCAGUGGCUUCUCAAGAACAGAUUUUCUUCUUACACAAGACUGUUCUCUAAUUUUUCAGGUGCCGACUUACUAAAAUUGACAAAGGAGGACUUAGUACAAAUUUGUGGUGCAGCCGAUGGAAUUCGGCUCUAUAAUUCUCUGAAGUCAAGGUCAGUCAGGCCCCGCCUGACCAUCUACGUCUGCCAGGAGCAGCCGGGUGGCACACCACUACAUGCACAGCAACAGCCUGGGGGCUCUGGGGACGAGAAUGGCAGUGGGACACCCUAUGUUUAUCAUGCAAUCUACUUGGAAGAAAUGGUUGCUUCAGAAGUUGCUCGAAAACUUGCAUUGGUGUUUAAUAUUCCUUUCCACCAAAUUCACCAGGUUUAUAGACAGGGACCCACUGGUAUUCACAUUCUUGUCAGUGAUCAGAUGGUUCAGAACUUUCAAGAUGAAAGUUGUUUUUUAUUCUACACAGUAAAAGCUGAAAAUGGUGGUGGUAUCCAUAUAAUUUUGAAGUGAUGUCUUAUAUAGUCUGAACUAUAUUCAGUACCAAAUAGUCACGCUUAAAAGUGUGUGAAGACUGAAUCCAAGAAGUCUUUGGGAUUGGAUUUUAUCGUAUGAAAUGUUUCAUAUUGAAAACACAAGAUGACCUUUCUAUUGAGCUGUGAGUUGAUGCCUCCCUGUCACUGCCAGAGCCAUGCAUCCUGUGGGGGCGAGCGGGCUGCCCUUCUCACGCCUCCGAGGCCAGUAGACACAGUUCCUCGAAGGAGCCUUUGCUGUCCUCGCACACGGUCUGCGGUUUGGAAGUGAAAGUAGACACAACCUCGGGCAUUUUUCUUUCUGUGCCAGUCUGGUUCUCACCGCCCGAACCUUAUGCUGGCCUGGGGCAGGGAGAGUGUCACGUCUGUGCUGGAGCCAGUAUGGACCUGUCUGUGGAGAGAGGUGGGGACUGGUUUUGGCAGAGGCUCCAGACCUUGCCAGAGAUCAUGUCUCUAUACGUGUUUGAUCGUGCCCAUCCAUUGGGGAAGAUCAAAGGCGGCUUGAAGCAAACUGCAUUAUCAAGAGUACCUUGGUGAGAGGAUCAGUGUAAAUCCUAAUAGGUACAAAGACUUUUGUUUUCGCUUUGUCAUGGAUUUAUUGGAAAACUUUGCUUCUUCUGUUUUAGUAUUUCGUUUCUGAUUCUUGUUCUUGAAGCCUCAUUGCCUUUCUUUGUUUUUCCUGUUUCUGACCGUCCUUUCUAUCCCACCCCAACUCUAGCGUGACAAUAGAUGAUCUAACAGGGGAAAACAAUUUCUGGUUUAAUGUUAAGUGAUCUUUGUGGAAAUGAAAUGAUUAAUGGAACAGCAGAUACCAUACACUAAACUGUACCAUGAAAAUGAUUAACACUUCUCAAAUAUACAAGUACAGUCAGUCAUGGGGGAGCAUUUGGUGAUGAUCUAGGGGUUUUUGACAUCCCACACACAGUUUUUUAAUAGUGCCUCUUUCACCAAACUAAAUGCUUGUCUGCCAGUGUAGUUUUUAAAGCAGCCUGUUUCUGCAUCCACCCCUCCAUCUUUGUCAUCUCCCUUCCCAAAGUCAUCGAGUAUUUUCGAGGCCUCUGCUGUAGCAUUCCAGUCUACCCAGGGUUGUAGUUCUGAGAGUAUUACUUGGGCCUUCACUUUGAUCAGGCAGAAAUGGGACUGGGUGAGUUUGAGUUUGAAAUCUCUCCCAGAAGGCAAACUACUUCACAAUGGGGGAAAAGCUUUGACAUUUUAUGUUUUAUUCUCAACUGGAGGGUUAUUUGAUAUGAAGAAGCGCACUGCCUCUGUUUUCUCAAGUUGGGUGUGAUAACAGCUAAUGUUCUAGUUCUCAAGGAGAGCUUGCCUAUCUGUCUCCCUUUGCUUUUCUAUGACCUCAUGUUUCCUAUACCCGUAUCUUUUGGGAAAGAAAUGACUUUAUCUCUCUGUUUUAAGGUUUUGGUUGUCUUGUCUAUUUAGCAUUCUUUUCUUGUCUCAAGGAUUAUGGAACAAUAAAUGUCAUUUGAUGCUGUGUGCUAUUUUGAAUUCCUCAUCAGGGUUUAGGAGUGGGUAAAGUCAUUUAAAAGCUCAUCAAACCAAGUGGCACUGAAUGUUAGUCUGAAACAGGUUAAAUCAUGGCACCAGCAAAUUUGCUACUUUACUAGUAGAAUGUACACAUUUCUGUAUAAUAAAUGUUUUCUGUCUGUUUUGCAAA